AUGCUGAGUAGGUUGUCAAGGCGUAGCUACUGCACUUCUGUUAAUCGGCCAUGGCUGUUUCUGGGAUUGGGCAAUCCCGGGGACAAAUACAAAGGGACAAGGCACAAUAUUGGGUUCGAAAUGAUUGAUGUUUUUGCUGAGUCAGUCGGGAUUCAGAUGAACUUGGUAAAUUUCAAGGCUUUAAUGGGACAAGGUUUGGUGGGCGAUCUUCCUGUUAUCCUGGCAAAGCCACAAACCUACAUGAACUUGAGCGGUGAAUCAAGUGGACCUCUCGCAGCGUAUUACAAGUUACCUCUCAAUCGUGUGCUUGUGGUGCACGAUGACUUGCAAUUGCCAUGUGGUGUUCUUCGUCUUCAAGAUAAAGGAGGCCAUGGAUGUCACAACGGGUUAAAAUCAGUAAUGCACCAUUUCCGUGGCAACAGGGAGUUUGCUAGGCUAAGAAUCGGAAUCGGAAAGCCUCCGGGACAAAUGGACCCAAAGGCGUUCUUGUUGCAGAAAUUCAGCAUGUCAGCUCGUGAACGGAUGGAUGGAGCAUUAGCAGAAGGAGUGGAAGCUCUGAAGCUGGUCUUAUCUAAAGACUUUGGAGAAAGCUGGAGAUUGUUCAACGUGGAACAGAAGUACAAACACUUAAAACAACACACAGUUAUUGCAGCUUGA